AUGGAAGUCCAACGGACUGGGCUUGUUAUUACUGCAUACAGUGCCGAUCAUUGGGAUUCUGUAUUUUGUUCAGCCGGCGGGGUGAGCAUUUCAAAUAUCUACCCCAAAUGUACGCUCAAAAGUCACGUGGCUCAUUCGUUUGAUGAAUCCGCCACCCCAACACAAUUUUUUCCCACCCUUCCUUUUCUCCCCCCACCACCUCCUGCACCCCUCAACCUCUCGACAUCGUCUAGCCGCGUCGUUUCAGUAGUGAACGACGUUCGUGGGUCCCACAGGUUGUAA